AUGGAGCGCAAUAAUCGUCCGGCACGCGCGCGUCUCGACGACGCGUCGGAGCCACACGCGACCGGCGCAGUGACUGCCAAUGCACACUGCACAGCUCGUCCCGUUCUCUCUCCCGCGCCGCUUUCUUCCAGCCCGUUGCGCCGCCCGUCGGGGUCCACGCGACCGAAGCGGCUGCGACGUCUGCAGCGGUUUCGCGCGUCUGCUGGACGACCGGUCCCGUCGUUCUGGGACCAGGCGCAGCACCUGCGCGACUCGUUGGACGAAGACGCGCUCGUCCAGCAGAACCAGCGCUGCUUGUGCCGGUGUUCCUCGUGUCGGCACGAACGGCGCUGGAGCUCUGCAUUGCCGCCGUAUCAAUGCAGUAACAAGAACUGUCGGAUCACAUUUGACGGGUUCAUUGACCUCUUUGAGCACCAGCUGGACGUCCAUGGCGGCAUUGACCCGAAAACCAGCCGCAUCGUGAGCGAGCUCUACCAUCAACAGCAAGGCGUGCUGGCGUGCCCGCCCGCUACUGUAUACGCUGGACAGCAGUAUUUGUUUCCGAGUCGUCCACCCGUUCGGUGGAAGGCUAUGGACGAUGUGGACGAGGAGGCCAGGACGUUACCGCAGCGAUUGCGGGACAGCAAUCGAAACCUCUGUGUGCGGCCGGUCAAUGUGUUCAACGUCGCGUACGAGCUCGUAAAGCGGAAUGGAUGGAAGGAAAUGGACCGGCAGUAUGAAAUUGCCAUGGAACACUACUUCUCGGCGAUGAAGUACCCUGUGUCAAGUCGCGGGCUUCACGAUGGCUGCCCGUCGAUUGAACGCGGCAGGAACUGGCUGACGUCGACCGAUCGGGAAGACGCUCGGUGGCUGUUUCCAUUUAGUCUGGGCGACAAGGUGGACGUCGAGCCAGAAUAUGUUUUGUUGGAUACAAAGGACGACCGAGAAGUGCACAUCGAGUUGAGCGACAACGAAGGUGCGCGAGACGCGUCUGCUGACGACAAAAGGACGGACGAACAUCAGCUUCUGAAUGAUGUCAAGGAACGGCGACGGUCGUUGAAAGCGACGUCGAUGCCGCUUGAUGGCGGCAUGGAUCAGGAAAUCACCGGAACGGGCGACCUAACGCCUAAAGUGUCGACGAUCGGUGCGACGACAACAGCCCAUCGAAGCGACAUCUGA